AUGGCUAGCCUCCGCCUCUUCUUGGCCAGUUUCGUUUCGUUCUACGUGGUCGUCCCUCUCACUUCAGCAGCUCGUCACGAGGGCAAAUCGGAGCUGAUUGACGUGGACGCCAGCAAGGUCCACGGAGCUUCGGAGCUCAAUCUCGCAUCGGUUUCCAACCUUAGCGCGAGGGAGGUGGGUGAAGCAGUUCUUCCCGUCCGUCCGCCUCAGACAACCACAACGGUCACUCACAAGAGCUGGUUUGAUCGCAUGAAGAGCGCCAUGCUUAGUAUCAUCAUCGGCACCCUGCUCGUAUGGUUUUCCAUACCCUGUAUUUGGAUGAAUGAGCGUCGGAACGCCAUCAUGGAAUCCUUGAUCAAGAACGGACGGGCCGAGUACGUCACUGUGGAGGCCGAGAAGGUUGACCCCGAUUUGCGAGGAUCUCUCGUUCACAUCCCGUCCGCGGAGGCACGAGGUGUAAAACCAAUGCAAGAUGAACGUCUCAAGCAGGUGUCUUGCGAUCGCGGGUGUUUGCGACUCAGGUCUACCGUUGAAGUCUUCCAAUGGAAAGAAGAGGCUGUAAGAAGAGAGCAGAAGGAUUCUGUGGGUGGGGGGGAGACCACAGUCACGAACUACUCGUACACCAGGCGCUGGCUCAACUGCAAGCAGGACUCGAACUGCUUCCACGACCGGAGCUACCACAAUGUCCUUUCGGUUCCUGGCUUGGAGCCAGGCGUACGGGAGCAGACGAAUCCCGAAGUGGAGUACGGGAGCGCCUUCACCCUGUCCGAGGACCUCGUGGACCAGCUCGACGACUGGCAGACGGAGACCGGAAGCGGCCUCUUCUCGAUCCAGAGCGUCAGCAUCGGGGACAAGGCGUUCCACGUCGGGCCCGACUCCUGCUACUACCACCCCGAGUCGCGCGGCCCGCCUCAGAUUGGCGACAUGCGCGUGAGGAUUGAGUAUAUCCCAGAUGGCCCCGCCACGGUGCUGGCGCUGCAAGCCGAGGCCGAGAGUGACAGCGGUGGCCGGGAUGUCUUCAUCCCCUACCGCACGGUCCCGCGCGGCCUUUGCGGGUGUAGUGGCCCGUCUUCGAAGGAGUUGAAGGCCUUGCAGAUCGCCGAGGGGCGCAAGACGGCCGACGAGCUUUACGACGGGGACAAGUGUGACCUCGGACCUGUAGCCCAGCUUUUCUGUUGCUGCACCUGCGCAUGCAACCUCGUUGCCUACAUGUUCACAGCCAUUGCGCCACCCCAGAUUUACCACAUCUUCUCCGGCAAGGUCUCUGUCGAGGAAUGUUGGAGCAGGGUCUCCGGCAGCAACGGCAUGAUGAAGUGGGGUUUGCGUCUGGUUUCGUGGAUGAUGUUGUUCUACGGCAUGUACGCUCUCUUCAAGCCGCUAGAAGUCAUGCUUGACAUCGUGCCCUUCCUGGGCCCCUACCUUGGGACCGGCGUGGCUUGGAUGAUCUGGCUAGUGGACUAUGUUUCGUCGUCACGCUUGUGGUCGCUUUUCUCAUCAUCUCUAUGGCCUACUUACGCUUUCAUCCGUUCACAGCAUUCAUGUAUCUCGGCGCCGCUGCUCUGGCUAGCGGCACCAUGUACUACAUUGGCGCGGUGA